AUGGUCACUCAUUUUCUCCUCUUUACACAGGUUUCUGAAGCAGCCAUGGCAAUGGUACCUGAACCCACCAACGAAGUGAUGGCUUACUACAGUGACGAGAAUGACCUGUUAUUUGAGGCUGACGGCCCCAAACAGAUGAAGUGCUGCGUCCAACACCUGGACCUCAGCUCCGUGGGAGACGGGAGCAUCCAACUGCAAAUCUCCCAUCAGUUCCACGACAAGAGCUUCAGGCAGGUGGUGUCGGUGAUCGUGGCCAUGGAGAAGCUGAAGAGGUUUCCCUGCUCACAGGCCUUCCAGGAUGAUGACCUGAGGGACAUCUUUCCACUCAUCUUUGAAGAAGAGCCUGUCAUCUUUGAAACGUACACUGACGAUCUUCUGUGCGACGCGGGCGUGCAGUCGCUGACCUGCAAACUCCAGGACAAAGAACAAAAAUCCCUGGUGCUGGCUAGCCCAUGUGUGCUGAAGGCUCUCCACCUCCUCGCACGGGAUGUGAACCGAGAAGUGGUUUUCUGCAUGAGCUUCGUGCAAGGAGAUGAAAGUGACGACAAGAUACCCGUGGCCUUAGGCCUCAAGGAAAAGAAUCUGUACCUGUCUUGUGUGAUGAAAGGCGAUAGGCCCACCCUGCAGCUGGAGGAGGUGGACCCCAAAACUUACCCAAAGUGGAAGAUGGAAAAGCGGUUUGUCUUCAACAAGACAGAAAUCAAGAAUAGAGUUGAAUUUGAGUCUGCCCUGUACCCCAACUGGUACAUCAGCACCUCUCAAGCAGAAGAAAAGCCCGUCUUCCUGGGACGUUCCAAAGGCGGCCAUGAUAUAACUGACUUCACCAUGGAAAUCAUCUCUCCCUAA